AUGAGAAGAUGUUUUUCUUGCAAGGAAAAUUAUUAUUUGUUAAAUUCUUAAUGUAAUUUGGAUGAAAUUAAAGCUAAAUCAAUUAGAAUUAAUAAAUACACACUAUAAAGUUAAACAUAAUAAUAAGGAGCUAGUUUUAGUGAUGGAUCUAUAAUAGUUGUUUGGUCAAGUAAUUAUUAAGAUGGAAGUAGUUGGGGAGUUUAUGCUUAAGUAAUUGAUAAUGCUGGUGUUUAAAUUGGAGAUAAUAUCAAAAUUAGUUUGAAUUCUCAAGGACCUUAACAUUCUCCUUAUGCAGCUGUAUUGAAGGAUGACACAGUUAUAAUAAUUUACAUUGAUGGAGAUCCUAUUGAUGGCGAUGCAAUUUUGAAAGCUUAAAAAUUUGAUAAAUAAAUGUUAAGAAUAGGAGAUGAAUUUGUCGUUACUUUAAUUAAUUAUAAUAUUGAAAGCUUAAAUAAUAAUCAUAUAUGUAAAGUAUUAAAUUUAAGUAAUGGAGGAUUUGUUAUUGGAUAUGUAAAUUAACUCUUAAAUACAAAUUAAAAAUUCAUUCAUCUAAAAUUCUAUGAUUCAAUGGGCAACUUUUUAAUUGAAUAAUCAUAUGAGGCAUCAUUUGAUUCUAACCAUUUUGAUUACCUAAAUAUUGCAGCGACUGAUUAUAAUGUAGCUCUAAAUUAUAAAAAUAUUCACCAGCAAAUUUAUAUUAAUUUAUAUUCAUUGACUGGAGAAUUUAUAUUAAGCAGAUUUUUGGAUUACUUUUAUUUUCAUCCCUCUCACUUUGAACAUAGUUAUUCAUUCAGUAGCUCAGCCAACUAUUAUGCAAUAUUAUAUUCCAUUUAUGAAGAUCAGCAAUAUCUUAUAUGUACUUAAUUAUAUGAUCUGUAAUUGAAUAAUAAGGGAAAUCCUUUAGAGAUACAAAUUUAAAAUAAAUGGGUAACUUUUCUGCAACUAUAUUAAUAUAAUGGUGAAUUAUUAAUCUAAGUUGAGAGUCAUUUAAUUUAAGAGUUCUAUUAGAUAAAAAAUGAAUAAAUAUUUUUUGUUAAUUCUUACUAUUUUGAACUUCAAAGAUACCACCCUUAUCACUAUAGAUUGAUAGAUUUAAUUGAAUCCGAGAAUUAGAAUUACUUCAUAAUUUGGGGAAAAAAUGGAAAUCUAUAUUUCCAACUUUUUUCAUCUUAAGGAGUUAUAUUAGCUUAAAAAUAAAUAGUUUGUCCAUAGGGAUGCUUGCAAUGUUAAAAUGAAAAUAAAUGUGAUUAAUGUUUUAGUGAAAAUUAUUAUUUAUCGAAUGAUCUAUGCAAACCAAUCAAUUAAAGCAAUUGCAAGAUGACAAAUAUUGCUCUAUAUUGUGAUGAAUGCCAAAAAGGAUAUUAUUUAAAGUAAGAAGGAACAUGCUUUGAAGAACCUCCAAACUAUUAGCAAACUUAAAUUCUUCUAACUUUUUAAGAGAAUGAAUAAUUUCAAGAGUUAAUUUUUUCAAGUAAUUCAUAUAUUGUUACUUAUUCAUACGCCUCUCCAAAUUAUAGAUUUAGAAUCAUCGAUGCAUAAAUGAAAAUAUAAACUAUAGAACUAAACUAAGGAGAACUAAUCAACUUUAUUAAGCUUUAAGUAUUUUUUGUAGAUGAUGAUACAAUUAUAGUGUAGUAUUGUUAAUAAGAAAUUGUAGUUAAUAGAUAUAAUUUAGAUGGUAUUCUUCAUUUCUAAAGAUCACUUUCGAUACAAAAAUAUGAUUAGGAUUAAAUCAAACCAAGAGAUUUAAUAUUAGAACCCUUAUUAAAUUAUCAAUAUUCUCUUACCUUUUAUACCAUUAAUGAUUUGGCAAAACAAUCUAUUUAUUUUUACAACGUAAUACUUGAUUCUUCAUUUAAUGAAAUAGGAAAUAUACAAACAGUUUUCUUCUAAUUUGAAUUCGGUCCAGUUGAAUAAAUAGCGAAAUCUUAAUUUAGAAUUUACCUUUUAGAUGGCAGGAUCUACAAUAUAAUAAGAGAUCAAAUUAUUGGGUUCAAUAGGGCUUAUUCUUAUCUCUAUAACAAGGUUGCAUCCCAUGUAGCUCAACUUAAAAAUGAAAAAAAAAUUGAAAUUUAUGAAGUUUAAUCUUUAUUCUUUGAUGGAAAGAGCUAGAAUUAUAUUUUUUAUCAAAUAUAGGAAAUGAAAAUUGAAUAAUACUAUUAAUUAACCAAGGUUUUGAAAUAAGGGUUUAGUCGAUAAAGAUUCAUUAAAUUGUUUACAUAUAUGAAUUCUUUUGCAAUUUUUAUAGAAUAACAAAAUUACGAUUUUUAAUUUAAUCCACUUAAUUCAAAUGUAAGAUAAUUGGUAGUUCAAUAUAUUUACAAUACAGGCAACAAAAUAGGUGAUUCUAUAUAUAUUUUAACUUAUGAUGCAAAUACUUUUAUGGAAAUUAUCUAAUAUCAAAAUGGGUUCAAGAUAUUUUGGUAGAAAUAAGAAUGUGAUGAUUAGGGAUGUUCUAAUAAAUUAGUAUGGAAAACAUUUGAUAGAGAAAAUGACUUACCAGAUCCAUCAGUACCUCAAAUAAUCUUUAAUGAUCCUAUUAAAGAUGGAAAAGGCAUUGAGAUUGUGGAUAAAUGUACUGAAGAAAUGACGAAGAAACUUAUUAAAUUCUCUAAUAACAAUUAUGCUAUUUUAUAUAUCUGUUAGAAUAUAUUUAGAAUAAGAAAAUUCGAUAAAGAAGGCUUAGAGAUCCACUUUAAUGAAAUUAACCUUGAAUUAAUUCAUUUAUUUGAUGCAACUGUAAUAUAAGAUGAAAUUUAUUUAAGUAUGGUGUAUAAUUCAGAUAAAAGAGUCAUUAAAAUAUUUAAAUUACAUUAAAUAACGAACACUAUGAUACUUUAACAAGAUUAUAUAAAUGAUUAAGAAAUUUUAGAUAUUAAGAUGGAGGGUUUAUUAAUGAAUUAUGCUCUUUUAAUUACAAGUUUGAAAAACUUUAUUUUUGAUACUGGAUCUUUAAUUGGGCAUUCUUAAUCAUUAUUUAUAUAUGAUACAUCAAAUGUAAAAAUCCUAGAAAAAUAAGAUAUUAAUUAUCUUGAAUUUUUAACAAUUGAAAAUUGUGAUAAAAGCAUUAUCAAAGGAUUCAAAGUUUUAGAUAAUACAAUCUAUUUAGUAAAUAUCAAUUAAAAUAAUGCAAAUUUAAUUUAACUAAAUAUAAAUGGAAUUGAAUUAUCAUCUUUUAUUUUAGAGAUAUCGAAUAUUUCAGAAAUCAAAUUUGAAAUUACAAAUAACUAUAUUGUCUUCAUGUAUUAAUAGUUUGCUGUAAAGGAAUGGGGUAUUAGGUUCUGUGCUUAUCCUUUUAAUUGCUUUUAAUAAAAUAAUGUAUAUUUAUAUUUAUAUGGAGUUGAGGAUGUUUAAAUUGCUAUAUUUUAUAAUACAUUUAUUGUAUCUUGGAACAAUAAAUUAUAAAAUUAACUUUCUUAUUGUUUAGUGAAUUAAUUUGGAUCAACAAUUAUGAAAGAAACUAUUUAAAUAGAAUCAUCAAUUACUAGUCCAAUGCUAGCUAGGAUUUCUAAUAAUUUUGUAGGAUUUUUAUGGGCUAUAAAAGAUAAUUUAGCAUAAUGGGGAUUAUAAUUAUCAACACUUAAUGAUGCUGGAGAAUUUGUUAAGUCUCUAAAUAAGAUUUGCUCUCCUAAUUGUUUUGAUUGCAUAAAUUAAUUAUGUACAACUUGUGAGAUUGGAUAUCAUUUAAUAUAAAUUAAUUAAAAUGAAAGCUUGUGCGAAAAAGAUUGUGAUUAAAAUUGUAUUCUUUGUGAUUAAAUGAGAAGAUGUUUUUCUUGCAAGGAAAAUUAUUAUUUGUUAAAUUCUUAAUGUAAUUUGGAUGAAAUUAAAGCUAAAUCAAUUAGAAUUAAUNUUUUGGUAGAAAUAAGAAUGUGAUGAUUAGGGAUGUUCUAAUAAAUUAGUAUGGAAAACAUUUGAUAGAGAAAAUGACUUACCAGAUCCAUCAGUACCUCAAAUAAUCUUUAAUGAUCCUAUUAAAGAUGGAAAAGGCAUUGAGAUUGUGGAUAAAUGUACUGAAGAAAUGACGAAGAAACUUAUUAAAUUCUCUAAUAACAAUUAUGCUAUUUUAUAUAUCUGUUAGAAUAUAUUUAGAAUAAGAAAAUUCGAUAAAGAAGGCUUAGAGAUCCACUUUAAUGAAAUUAACCUUGAAUUAAUUCAUUUAUUUGAUGCAACUGUAAUAUAAGAUGAAAUUUAUUUAAGUAUGGUGUAUAAUUCAGAUAAAAGAGUCAUUAAAAUAUUUAAAUUACAUUAAAUAACGAACACUAUGAUACUUUAACAAGAUUAUAUAAAUGAUUAAGAAAUUUUAGAUAUUAAGAUGGAGGGUUUAUUAAUGAAUUAUGCUCUUUUAAUUACAAGUUUGAAAAACUUUAUUUUUGAUACUGGAUCUUUAAUUGGGCAUUCUUAAUCAUUAUUUAUAUAUGAUACAUCAAAUGUAAAAAUCCUAGAAAAAUAAGAUAUUAAUUAUCUUGAAUUUUUAACAAUUGAAAAUUGUGAUAAAAGCAUUAUCAAAGGAUUCAAAGUUUUAGAUAAUACAAUCUAUUUAGUAAAUAUCAAUUAAAAUAAUGCAAAUUUAAUUUAACUAAAUAUAAAUGGAAUUGAAUUAUCAUCUUUUAUUUUAGAGAUAUCGAAUAUUUCAGAAAUCAAAUUUGAAAUUACAAAUAACUAUAUUGUCUUCAUGUAUUAAUAGUUUGCUGUAAAGGAAUGGGGUAUUAGGUUCUGUGCUUAUCCUUUUAAUUGCUUUUAAUAAAAUAAUGUAUAUUUAUAUUUAUAUGGAGUUGAGGAUGUUUAAAUUGCUAUAUUUUAUAAUACAUUUAUUGUAUCUUGGAACAAUAAAUUAUAAAAUUAACUUUCUUAUUGUUUAGUGAAUUAAUUUGGAUCAACAAUUAUGAAAGAAACUAUUUAAAUAGAAUCAUCAAUUACUAGUCCAAUGCUAGCUAGGAUUUCUAAUAAUUUUGUAGGAUUUUUAUGGGCUAUAAAAGAUAAUUUAGCAUAAUGGGGAUUAUAAUUAUCAACACUUAAUGAUGCUGGAGAAUUUGUUAAGUCUCUAAAUAAGAUUUGCUCUCCUAAUUGUUUUGAUUGCAUAAAUAUUCAAGAAUGUACAAAAUGCGAAAAUGAGUUUUAAAUGUAUUAUGAUGCAAAUUUAAAAGGAAUGUUUUGUAAGAUUGGUUGUAGUUCUACUUGUUUAUCAUGUGAUGGUGAUAAUUGUAAUGAAUGUGCUGAAAAUUAUAUUCCUAGUGGUAAAAAGUGCAUAUUGGAUGAAUUUUAGAAAAAUUCAUUAGUUGUCAAUGAAUUUACUUAUUUUGGAUAAACGAAACCAUCAUCUGCUGUAUUUAGCGAUGGUUCCAUUUUGGUUAUUUGGAAUAGCAAUUUUCAAGAUGGAAGUAAUUGGGGUAUUUAUGGAUAGAUAAUUAAUGAACAGAGACAGAAAAUAGGAUAAAACUUUAGAAUAAGCUAAGAUACUUAAGGAAGCUAACAUUCACCAUAUAUUGCAAUAUUAUAAGAUAAUACUGCUAUAGUUUUAUUCCUUAAUGGUGAUCCUGAAGAGGGAGCAUAAAUUAUGAUUGCAAGAUUCACUAAAGAAUAAUAAAGAAUAGGAAAUGAAUAAGUUAUUGAUACUCUUCUAUACCCUAAUUAUCAUUUGAACUAUGAUUGCAUAGCUAAAGUAAUAAGUUUAAAGAAUGGUGGAUAUUUGAUUGCAUAUAUUACAAACAUUGAUGAAUUUUAACAAUUAAUGAAAUUGAAAUUUUACAAUUCUGCUGGUUCUUUAAUAAAUGAAUAAUAAAUAAAUGGCUAAUUUUAAUAAAAUAUAUAAAUAACAAGCGCAGACUUAAAUAUAGCAACAAUAUAUAUAGAUAUAAAUAGGUUAAGAUAAGUCAAUAUUUAUACUCUAGAUGGAAAUCAGAUAGCAAUCCAAGAACUAACCCAAUUUAAUAACUAACCUGAUUUCUAGUAACUUUAUUUAGGUAGUACCGCUUAAUAUUUUGCCUUAGCUAGUGCAUAUUAUGAAGAAGAUAUCUUUUCUACAAAAAUACAAUUUUAUGAUUAAAAUUUCAUUGUUUAUGGAAAUCAGAUAAAAAUAUUAGAAAACUUGCAGAUGAAUAAUAAGUUUUCCAUAAAAAUUUAGUGUAUUUAGAUGGAUUAAUAUAAGUAUGGGAUUUCGAUGAUAAUAGACUAUAUUAUAAAUGAUAGACAAUCUGUAUAAGAACAUUAUUAUGUUAACAAAAAUUGGGAAUUCUAUUUAAUAAACACUUAUCAUAUUUAAAACAAUUGGCUUUUUGGUUUUUCUUAAAAUCUAAGAAUUGUUGAAUCAGUUGACGAUUCAUUUUUUGGAAUUUGGACAAAAUAUUUGUUUGGUAACUUUGAUACAUCAAAUAUUUAUAUUUAAAAAAUUAAUGCAUAAGGAGAAUAUAUAACAGAAAGCACAGUAUUGUGUUAUUAAAACUGCAUGAGUUGCACCAGUAAUUAUAUAUGUGCAUAAUGCAUUGAAAAUUAUUAAUUGGUGGAAGGAAAUUGUUAGGUCGUCUGUUAACCUAAUUGUCUAUCCUGUUUUAUUUCUCAAAUUUGUGAUUAAUGUAAAUAAGGAUACUAUCAGGAAAUCGAAGGUUAAUGCACUCCAAUAUUGCCAAGUUACCAUGAACCUUAACCAUUGAUUAAUUAAAAUAUUUUAGGAUAACUCUUUGGCGUUACCAUUAUUACAUUUAAUGAUGGUAGUGUUAGUCUUAUUUCCAUCUAUUAAUCGAUAUAAGAAAAUUUAUAUUAUAUGGAUUUUUAUUUAAUUAAAGAAUAAUAAAUAUAGAUGAAAAUGACAAUAUAAAGGCUUGAAAAUUUUUACUAUUUUGAGCCUGCUUAUAUCUACAAUAUUGAAUAAGAUUACAUAAUUGUAUUGCAAUAAUAUGAGAGAAUAGAAGUUGUAAGAAUUAGAGAAGAUGGAUAAAUAAUCAUUCAAAAAGUAAUCAAUUUGACUUAAUUCAUUUUGAAUUCAUUUUGUCCAUAAUGUUAUGUUUUAAAACCAUUGAUAAAUAAUCAAUACUCUUUAACUUAUUAUAAUAGAACAAAUUAGGAAUAAACGUAGUUAUCAAUAUAUAAUGUUAUUUUGGAUUCUGAAUUGAAUCCAAUUGGAUAGGCUAGGCUUUUGUUCUAAUCAGAAGAUGAAUUAUUUGCAAAUGAAAGAGAGGGAGAUUAUCUAAAAUUUAGUGCAAAAAAUGGUACUGCUCUUUUUAUAGAAGAGAAAAUGAUUUGGAAACCAUGCCUAUAUUCUGACUCUAAAAAGUUCUUUUCAUGUAACAUAUUUUUAUUAAGUAAUGGUAAUUAUGUACAAAUUUUUUUAAGUUAUAAUUAAAUGCUUUAUGCAGAUGUUCAGUUUUUUACUUUAGGCUGUUCAGUUUAUUACAGAAUAUUAAAUGAUUAAUACAUUCCUAUAACACAAGAAAUUAAAGUUAUAUAAAAUGAAUUUCUCAGAUAAGAAUUUAAAGAAUUUGUAUAAUUUUAAGAUACUUUUGCAAUAAUAAUAAAAUAAUCUAACUAUUACAAUAAUAUGAAUUAACUCAUGAUUUAAUACUAUUAUAAUUCUGGAGCAAAAUUAGGUUCACCAAUAUAUAUUGGUUUCUUUAAUGAUAUAUAUUACUAAAAGUUCAUUGUACACUAAUAUCGAUUAAGAGUAUAUUGGUAUUAAUAAGAAAAGGUGUUUUAUAAAGAAUACGAUGACUAAGGAAAUGAUAUUACAAAUGGUCAGAAUAUUGAUUGUAUAAUAAACUGUGAUUAAUGUGUAAAUUAAAACUAUUGUACUAUAUGUAGUGCAAAUUAUAUAUUAGAUUCUAACUUAUAAUGUAUUUUAUAAUGUCCAUAAAACUGCAUUAAAUGUUCAGUUGUAUCAUAAUGUGAGAUUUGUUAAUAUGGAUAUGAGUUAGUAAAUAAUGAAUGUUAAAAAUUAACUUGCCCAAAUAAUUGUGAUUAAUGUUCAAAGAAUUAGGAUGUGUUAAUGUGUGAUAAAUGUCAAAUGAAUUAUUAUUAGAUUCAAUAAGAAUGUUUACCAGAAUGUCAAUCAACAUGCAGAACAUGUGCUUUACCAUAUAUUUGUACAAGUUGUCCUUAAGGUUUUAUUUUAACACAAGAUUAAAAAUGCAAAUUUGAAGAUCCAACUAUUAUUGAUCAAAUCAAAAAUACAAUAGUUAGUACUCCAUAUAGAUACAAUUUUGAAGAUGGAAGUUAUGUUUUAGUAUGGUAUUAGAAUGGUGAAUAAGCAGGUGUUUAUUUCUAAUUAUACACAAUUGAUAAUAAUAAAAUAGGAAAUGAAAUUCUGGUUUCAGAUUUAACUAGAAGAAGAUUAAUAGAAUCUUCAAUUUAAAAAUAAUAUUAUGCAAAUUUAGGAGCAAUUAAUAACAAUUUUUAUAUUAUUUGGGCUGAUUCUACUUCAGAUUAAACAAAUUUCCUUUUAUAAGGGUUUAAUUAAAAUGGAUCUGAAGUAGCUCCUGCCUAAUCUUUAGGCUAUUCUAAUAAUAAUGUUUUACCAACAAUUUCUUAACCUUGUUAAUUAUUGACUUUAUAAAGUCAAAAUAUUUUUGUUUAUCAUAUGAGUUAAAAUUCAGUAGAUGAAUCUAAUUAUUCAAUAAAUUACUAAGUAUUUGAUCGUAAUUUAAACAGUAUCAGUUAAAGUUAAGAAAUACCAAAUGUAGGUUAUUUAACAGCUCCAUCAAUUAUAGAAGAUGAUUCAGGAACAAUAUAUAUAAGUUAUACAAGUGAUGGUUAUGUAUUUGUUUAAUAAAUUACAUAAUUAGGAAAUCCAAUUAAUCAACCAAAAGCUAUAAGUGAUGAUGGAAUGUUUACAAUGAAAACAACGAUUUUGAAAAAUAAUAUGAUUGUAUUUUUAUGGGAAAAUAAAGACAUUCAAACUUUUAAAGCUCUAUUUAAUCUAAAUUACUAAUUAAUUUCUAAAGAUUUAUAAUAAAAAAGUGAAGUUAAAGGAAUAGGUACAUCAUAAAUAUAAUAAUAAACACCAGAUAUAAAAUCAUUUAAUGAUGGAUUUUUAGUAGCAUGGAAAACAACGGAUUCUCACUAUUAAUCAAUUGGAAUAUAAUUCUAAAUAUUUGAUUCUUUAGGUAUUCCUUCAAGUUCAAUUAUAAAUGUAGCUUUAUCAGGAAAAUCUCCAUAAAAUCCUAGCAUUUAAAUAAUUAAUGAUGAAUAAUUUGCUAUUACAUUUAUAUCAACAGGUAUAGAUGUUGAUGGAUCCACUUUAGGAGAUAGUAUACAAAUCAAAUAUUAUAAUAAAUAAGGAUAAGAAUAUUUUAUCACUACUGCUGCAUUAUGUGGUUAAGAAUGUAAUAUAUGUUAAUCUCCUUUGAAUUGUUAUAGAUGUUCUUAUGGAUAUUAUUUAUCUUAAGAUAAUAAAUGUAUUAAAGAUUGUGGACUAUAUUGUAAUUAAUGUGAAGUUCCUCUUGUUUGUUAAUCUUGUAUGAAUGGUUAUCAAUUAACUUCAAAUAAUUCUUGUAUGCAAGUAGAAUGUCCUAAUGAUUAUCAAAGAAAUUAAAAAACUCAAUUAUGUGAUCCUUACUGUCCAUAAGAAUGUAUUUGUACAACUCCAAAUAUUUGCAGUUCAUGUAUAGAUGGCUAUUAUCUUAAAGAUAGUUAAUGCUAUUUUAUUUAAGAUAUUUUAAAUGAAAAUCCUCUAUCUAAUCCUAUUAUUUUCUACAUAUUAAUUGUAGUAAGUUUAAUUUUAAUUAUCACUUGGAUCUGUUGUUAUAAAUGUAUUUGUCAAUAUAGAUAAACUAGCAAAGUUUAAGAUUUUAACGAAAACAAUUAAAAAUUAGACACUGAUAAAAAUUAAAAAGAAAGAUUAUAAUCAUAAGUAAGAGAAAGUAGUGAUAGAUUGUGUGUAAAUCAAAUCAGAAAGGAUAAUUAAAUCUAAAAUGAGAAUCAAGAAAAUGAUGAUGUUGUAAAAAACAAUGAUUUCCAAUAAGAUUAUGAUUAGAUUGCAAUCAAUUAAGACGAAGAAAAGAUUUAUGAAUAACAAAAUACCAACAAAUAACAAAAGAAUUAAAUUGUUAUUCAUAAACAAUAUAAGUCUAUAUAAAGAUAAGAAAAUAAAUGA